GGCAGAAAAAGAAAGGCACCAGAGUCAGUCAAGAAAGCAAAGGAAUUCAGCCAAAGCCUUGCAAUCCUCCAACUUGCUCAUAUUUUGAAACCCGUACUUUCAUGAACAGAAUAUGUUUGAGGACUGAACCGGGCCGAAGUGGGCUUUUUGAGUUGGCUCGUGGCCAACCUCACACCACCAAAAACACCGGGAAGGCUCCAACUCACAUCGAGCACGACUCGGGAAGUAGGCGCUACCUAUUAGGGGCCUAUGAAGUCACCACGACACCGGGAUGACGUUGUAGUCACAUUGAGAUGAUGCCAUGAUGCCCUGUGCCAGGCCCCUUAAAAACACUCUCCUCCUGCUCGUGUUCCAUUGUUUCCAGACACAUUUCAUCGCAUCACAGCCUGGAACAUAGGUAACUUCUGCGCCUGUUCACAAACCAUCACCACACAAAAGCCACCGCCAUCCAAGCUUCAUCCACCCCUGGACCCCUAAUAAACAGCCAAAAUGGUCUUCACCUUCCCCGCAGACCUCUACUCCACCGACCCCAACUUCACCACCCUCUUCCGCCUCCUCGACGAUUUCGACACCUACUCCCGCGAAGUCCAAGAUGAAUCAGCCUCCACCCCAGCCCCUGCCUCACGCGGAGGCCGUCACCGCCGCGGCCCCCGCCCCCGCUUCGACAUCCGUGAGACCCCCAAAUCCUACGAAAUCUACGGCGAAGUCCCCGGCAUGUCCCGCUCCGACAUCCACAUUGAACUAACCCAGGAAAACGUCCUCCUCAUCCAGGGCCACGUCGAGCGCCCCUACGACACCACCCCCUCCAACAAAACCAAGGCCAAGCCCGUCACCGUCACUGGCGAGAAGUGCGACGAUUGUGACUGCGGGCCUGGUAAGCCGUGUGAGGAGUGUGACAAGGCCAAGUGUGAGUGUACACAGGGGAAGCAUUGCAAUGUCUGUGGGAUGGAUACCUGUCCCAAGCAUGAAGGGGAGGGGGCGGCCAAGGCAGAGGGGAAGAAGGAUGGGGGUGAGACGAUUCGGUAUCUGUUGAAGGAGAGGUUCGUUGGGGAUUUCAGCAGGGAGUUUGCCUUUCCGGGGCCGCUGCAGGAGUUUGAUAUUGGAGCUAGCUUGGAGGAUGGGAUUUUGAAGGUUGUAGUGCCGAAGCAGGAGGUUGCCAAGGGCGGGAGGAAGAUUGAGAUUCAGUAGAUGAGAAACGGUAGAUGAGAAAGGUGUGAUUAGUGUAGUAGAUA